CGCAUAAAAUAAUUUGCGCUAACUCGGUUAAUUAAAAAUGUCUGCAUUGUUUGGUUGAUUAACUUGAUAUUAUUAACUUUGUUUAGUUAUUUCGCAGUGGCUACGGGUACGUCUACACGUAUCUUUAAUAAAAAAAGUUAGAGAUACGUCCAAACAUUCGGACGCAGAGGAGCAUUUUGUUAAACUUUAAUUUUAGAAAUCAAAGAUUUGCGUUAACAAUGGCUUUGAAUGUUGGUGAUAAGUUCAACUCUCUUAAAGAGUUAGAAAAAGCCAAUAAGAACUAUAAAGUAGAAUUUAGCGUUUUUUUAUAUAAACGAGAGAGUAGAUCCAUUGCAUCUGCAAGAAAAAAAGGCAUCAGGCGAACCUUAAACGACGAUUUGUUGUUUUAUAGCAUGCAUUAUGCAUGCUAUCAUGGAGGGAAAAAUUUUAAAAGUCGAUCAAAUGGAAAGUGUCCAAAUCAAAGCGCAUUCCAGAUAGAUUGCCCAUAUGAAAUCUGGAUAAAUGUAUCUGACAACGGUUCACAAUUAUGCAUCCAAAAGUUGGUAUUAGAGCACAAUCACGUUGACAAAGUCAGUAUUUUACUUAUCUUAAAUUAAACUAUUUUUAUUAGCUAUGUGGAAGUUAUCGAUAUAUGAAAACGCUAUGAAAAGUUAGACCCAAAUUUUUUUUUUUUUCCACAAAAAAAUGUGUAUCUUGCUAAAUAUUUUUCAUAUUAUUAACAAAUUAUAUAU